CUAAAAGCAGUUUCAUAUGCUCGCUGACCACCUAACCUGACACGUUUACUGACCACGUAAUCCUAACGUGGCUACUGUCACGUAUGAUAAAAGCGCGUAAUUUGUGUGCCCGAGAGUGAUGAUACUUGUUGACGAAACGACCAACGAGAUAUCUUGAUUUUAUUCCAUCGGCAAAGAAUUAAAUUUGAUCGGAUGACAUGUGGAUUUCUUCGCACGCGACGUCAACGUAUCGCUAGCUUUAAAUGUUUAUUUUAAUCGUAACCUCACUUGCCGGUCAGAAUCACUACAGAAGCGGAAAGUUAUGAUUGCACUGCCGAUUCGACAAAGUUCAACUUAGCUUUAUUAUAUAAUAAGAAGAAAAUGACCACGAGAUGGGGAAUAUAUUUGUUGACGAUAUCAACGUUAUUGCUUGCUCUCUGCGUACGAAGCUUUCAGAGCCUGGAAGUGAUUUACGCGAUAAACGCUGGCGGAGAGGCGCACACUGACAGUUAUGGAAUUCGUUAUACCAAAGACCCGUUACUGACCAAAGUCGGGACUGCGUCCGAUUAUGGCAAACAGUUAAUUAUUGGACGAGUAAACGCCAUCGAUCAAAUAUUGUACCAAACAGAGCGUUACCACCAUAGUACUUUUGGGUAUGAUAUUCCUAUCAGCGAAGAUGGAGAUUAUGUUAUGAUAUUAAAGUUCUGCGAAGUUUAUUUUAAUUCUCCCAAUAUGAAGGUGUUUGAUGUGGUAUUAAAUGGAGACCAUACCGUUGUUACUGACUUAGAUAUCUUUGAAAGAGUUGGCCGUGGUAUAGCGCACGAUGAAUAUAUUCCAUUUAAAGUCCAAGCAGGGAAAUUAAUAUACAAUGACGAGGAGUCCGAUAUCUUGACUGGAAAAAUCCGAGUUGAAUUUAUAAAAGGUUAUAGAGAUAAUCCGAAGAUAAAUGCUAUUGCUGUUGUGAGAGGAAAUAUGAAAGAUAUACCGCAGUUAGGUCCUAUUCCUCAGGAACCGGAGGAGUAUCAGAAUAUACAGGAAGACGAAGAGGAAUCCACAGUUCGUAGUCGGCAUACGAGCGGACCCAGAACCCCGGAUCCAUAUUCCAUCGACGAUUCCUCAGUAAUGUUACCAGUUUUUGUAGCUAUUGGGGCAUUUAUUCCGUUACUAUUUUGCCUCUGCAAACUAUAGAUGGUGAAAUGUUCUGCACAGGAAUGCCUUGUACUUAAGAAUAAUAAUGUUCUAAUCAGCUUAGGUGAAUUUAGCGCGUGAAGAGAUGUCCGCAUCGAUCGUGUACAUAGGAACAACAUUUUCGUUUAUUAAGCUACGUCGUCACACCUUAUCGAAAGCUAUUUAUUAUUAAUUUAAUUAAAUAGACAUAUCCGCGUAUGUUCGUGUACGAGGAGGGAGUAUUCCGGUCUGGAUCUGCAAUUUUUAGCCUUUUGUUAUUCUUUAAAAGAAAACCGUAAACUAUCGUGCUUCCGCGAGAAGAAAGCACAGCGUAUUUACACCCCACUCUUGCUGCGAUCCGCUGAUUGGCUGUCAGCGGACUGCAACAGGAGUGGGGAUGCAAACACGUCUGUGGCUUCUUUUUGCGGAAGAAUGGUACUUUGUAUUGGCAUUUCACGCAUGGAGGGUAUUUCCGAACUGGUUGGUACACGUAAGAUUUUAGACUGGAAUACCCGCUUAAACUAAGAACGAGGGUUCAAUGUAUAGAAAAGGUGAGAAUUCGUGCAAUCGCAAUUUUCGUUGCCAUUUUAUGUGUUCAUUUGUGAAUUAUUAUUAGAUAAUAUAUAAUAUUUCGUUGGCAAUUGGCACAAAUGUUUGUAUACACAUGUCAUCCACCUUUUCUUUCGCGAGUUGUCCGGCUCCGAGUAUUUUGAAUACGCUACCGGCGCACGUUUACUAAUUUUAAGGGAAGCUUGGGAUUAGAGUGUUCAUGGAGAAUCGUGCCGUCUUUAGAAUGGCACACGAUGUCUUAUUUUGUGACCUAAUGUUACACCACAAGAACGAUAUAAAAAAUUACGCGUCCAAAAAAUAAAUUCGGGGUAUUUUCGAUCGAACAUUCACUUUUUUUUUUUUAUUAUGCUUGUAAUAUUUCCAAUACGAUUCCGAUUAUUGUUUAUCGUGAAAAAAAUGUACCGUGUGUCCUCGGUAUAUCGUAUUCAGUUAGAAGAGAAUGGAAUAGUCCGUGAAAUACCAAAGUGAUUUCGACCGUUUGCAAAUCAGUGCAAAAUAAAGCUGUUAUUAUUGUCUUACAGUGUCGUUUUGCUUCGUCUUUUCACUUUCGCGGUAUACCGAUAUAUGUCCAAUCAGUGUAAUAAUUUAUCUUUAAAUUAUAAUUGAAAUUUUUCUAUCCGGAAAAAUUUUCCAUCCAGAAAUUAAUAGAAGAGACAAUUCAUGCCGACAACAGAAUUUUUGUUCACAAUUCUU